AUGACCAUCCUCGACGAUGACGAGGCGCUGCCACCGCGUAGAGUCUACAGUGGCGUCACAGGCCCUUCGGCCGCGUCGAUGUCGACCAUGUCGCUGUCGUCGUUCCCUCCCCGACCUCCGCUCGGCUUCGGUAGCUAUCGAGGCGAGAGUAGCCUUUCGACCGACGACUACUACCAUUACCACCCUGGCUACGGUCGAUCACCCUACACUUACGCCCUGCCGGCGUCGCAUAUCUCGAACGAUUCAUUGCUGCUCCCGACCUGUCGCAUCGGCAUCGGCAAUGCCAAUGUCAAUGGUCAGACUUUCGAGCGUUAUCCGCAGACCUCUCAGCCUUAUUCCUUGGGUUGGACUCGACUGAACUCUAAUACCAAGCUUAUGCGUGCCCUGUCCAUGUUUGGAUGCGUUUGCCUCGUGUACAUCGUGUGAGUUGCGGGACCGGAGCAGUGUCUCGAUUUUCAGCCCAACCAUGUGUCUUUGCGUCCGACAUGUGCUUCGCAAAACGGGGUGCAUGGACUCUGAGCUGACGACUGAAAGUUUCUUACGACAGCCAUAGCCGCUUUUUCAGACCUCGACACGGGCCCUUUGGACACCCGAGACACCCGUUCGGAGGCCCCCCUCCAAGAUUUCCCUAUGACCGAAAUUUGGGCGACAAUGGCGUCGGCGAGCCUAUCAAAAACACGAUCAAACGCCCGACAAAAGUGAACAAUCUCGACGAUGGACUGUUGACGGGCGAACAGAUACUCGGAUUGCCGCUCGACCAGGAGUACACGAGGUAUGCGUCGAGGACGAGGUUGAUCCCGCCGACUUGGCCGGAUCCCUGGUCUCGACUUCCCGACGAAUGGAAGGGUCGAGCAUGGUUGGCGGAGGAGCGCUUUGCUGGCGGUCGGGGCCACGACCCAUUAUCGGAGCAGACGUUUCCCCCACAAGAGUAUGUUGUCAAGGCGUACGAGUACACGCGCGAAUUGGGGCGUCAGGCGAAUCUCCACGGCCCCAAACGCAAGCCGCCGGCAGGGAUCCGGUAUCUCAAGCCUGCCUUGUUCGACGAACACACGGGAAGGCCGCCGCAGGUUCCGAGGAGUGAGCUCGGGCUCUCGCACGAGGGCUGGAAGAAGCCUCAAUUCAAGGUCGGCGACUUGGGCAAACCCGGGGCGUUCGGACGGAGCGCGAAGCGGCCCAAAGUCCAAUACGCGGGCAAGAUCGACAUGUCAAAGAAGCGGGUAAUGGAAGAGACACGCCGAAGGGAAUGGGUUAAGCGAGCUUUCAUGCACGCAUGGGAGGGCUGCAAGAAGCAGUGGGGGCACGACGAAGUUGCGCCCAUCUCAGGUAGCUACUCCGAUCGCUACAACGGCUGGGGGGCGACUAUCGUCGACAGCCUCGACACCUUGCUCAUCAUGGGCCUGAAUGAGGAGUACAACUUAGCGCGCGAACAUGUCUCGGCGGUCGACUUUUCCUACCUUUUGGCCCCUCUGAGCUUCUCCGACACACUCCCCAGGCUCGACGACAUGGACCUCCCCACCGCUGCACGACCGCGCUCGCCCCCUCGAGGUCCUAGCGGCAGUCAAGCGAAGCCACAGAAAGCGAUGCCCUUGUUUGAGACCGUUAUUCGCUACCUUGGGGGUCUGAUCUCGGCGUACGACCUCUCCAAGGACCCGCUCAUGCUUGCUCGUGCGAUUGAACUUGGCGAUUGGCUCCUCCCUGCGCUCAAUACCGAUUUUGGCGCCCCCAAGGGUCACUACGAGCCUGGCACAAACCCGGAUGGAACUCGCCCAGGUCGCACGUUGCUCGCUGAAGUCGGAUCCCUCAGUCUCGAGUUCACGCGCCUCAGCAUGAUCUCGGGGGACGAGACGUACUUCCAGGCUGUGCAGAGGACCAUGGACACCCUCGACACCCGAUUCCCCCGCGGCAAGAUGCAUGGCGCGCGCCGGGGUGCGCGAUUGGGACAGUUGCUCCCGUCCUUCAUCGAUACCAGCAGACCCGAGUGGCUGUCGGACGUGUUCAGUUUUGGUGCCGCUUCAGACUCUUACUACGAGUAUCUGGUCAGUCUCUGCCAAUCAUGAGGCACUCUGGGAAUGACGUGCCUUCGACCCCUUUGUGCUAGCUAGCUAGUCACUGUGCUCACAUCGCUUGCUACCACCUUCUCAGAUGAAAAUGGCACAUUUGCUUGGCAAUUAUGGGCCGGACGCCCAGUACGCCCGCAUGUAUCGCGAGGUCAUCGACUCGGCCUACGAAUACCUCAUACGGCCUGUGGAUGUGCUCCCCGGCCAAGACCACCUGACCAACAUUGGCGAGUUCAAUGCCGAGCUUCGACCCACGCUGCAGCACCUAUCCUGCUUCGCCGGGGGGAUGCUUGCCCUUGGAGGCAAGUUGUUGGCUCGACCCAAGGACGUGGAGACGGGGAAGGCGUACACCGAAACGUGCAAUUGGGCCUACGAAUCGACCCCCGCGGGCUUGAUGCCAGAGUCUUUGACGUUCUACAAGCGCGAUGAUCCUGAUCGAUUCAGAGUUCAGACCCGAGCUGAUGGGACCAAGGUUCGCGAACCCAGGGGCAAGCCUACUGGCGUCCGUCACACUGCAACCCACUUUGCCGGUCGACCCGAAACGAUUGAGUCCAUCUUCCAAAUGUGGCGACUCACGGGCGAUCGCAAGUGGCAAGACAUGGGAUGGCGUAUCUUUGUCGACUGGUCCGCUGUGGCGAUCGCGGAGUAUGGCUUCGCUGGCAUAGAUGACGUGUUCCAACCUGUCGAACCACGUCAACUUGAUGUGCAGGAGUCCUAUGUUCUCGCUGAGACGCUCAAGUACUUUUACUUGCUCUUUUCCGACCGCGAGCUGUUGUCUCUCGACCAGUACGUGUUCAGCACCGAGGCGCAUCCUUUCGUACUUCCCACGGCGCCGGGUCAGGAGCCGCCAAGGUUCUGGACGGGGCCGGGCGAGCCCAAGCAGCAAGACUUUCAAAGUCGAACCGGAGAAGGCACGCGACCUCAGCUGUGGUCGAGGGUCCAGCAAGCCGCCGCUUUCAGUCACCUCGUUCCGGUUCUCUCUCAGGAGGAUUAG